CACUACUUCCUUUGGAGACGACUGUUUGCGAAUCAAGACAAGUGUGGGUUGGCGCGUUGAUCGGUCAACGCGGGACACAAGCUGCAAGGCACGGUUUCGAUACCAGUUAUCCACAGUUACAAUAUUCGUGACGCUAAGUGGACGCCUACAGCAUUAAUAUGUGUCUCCACCAUAUUUAUGUUUACGUCGUUUGUUUACUUCUUAUAAUUCUGCAAUGUGCCAGCACAGCAGAUGAUCAAGUGUCCCCAUGGCGAUGGAGCUGUGACGAUGGAAAAUGCGUGAAAACUGAACAUGACCCGCGCAGUAAGGAGUCGGCCCUCUGCUUGGAAGCCUGCAAAAUGUUCUGCAAUGAUAAUGGACUUCUCUGGCCGAAACCAACAGGUCAAGUAGAGCUGGGCAAUUUCCUAUCUAAAGUUAAUAUUAACAACAUCCGUGUUGAGAUGGACAAACGCGGUAAAUCUGAUGAUUUGUUGGAUGUUGCGGGAAAGAGAUUUCAAAAAUUGGUGAAUUUAAACAUUCCAUCGGGUAUAACUCCGAAAGCCAGCGGCAAGUCAGUGAUAGUCUACCUCGUCAACGAGAACCCUGAUGUCAGAGAAUUUUCAUUAACAAUGGACGAAAGCUACAGCAUCCGUGUUGGUGCAGUUUCCAGUGAUAAAAUAAACGCGACCAUCACUGGUAAAACCUUCUUCGGCAUCAGACAUGGUUUGGAGACACUGUCCCAACUCAUACUCUUUGAUGACAUCAGGAACCAUCUUGUUAUGGUACGUGACGUUGUGAUCACUGAUAAACCAGUGUAUCCGUACCGAGGAGUUUUACUGGACACAGCGAGAAACUAUUUCACCAUUGAUUCUAUUAAAAGGACUCUUGACGCGAUGUCACUAGUGAAACUGAACACAUUCCACUGGCACAUCACAGACAGCCAGAGCUUCCCGUUCAUGUCCAAACGCCGGCCAAAUCUUUCUAAAUAUGGAGCAUACAGUCCUGCUAAGAUCUACACAUCAGAAAUGAUCGCAGAUGUAGUACGAUACGGUCUCGAACGCGGUAUUCGUGUGAUGCCGGAGUUUGAUGCGCCAGCGCACGUGGGAGAGGGAUGGCAGGGAACUGGACUUACUGUUUGUUUCAAGGAGGAGCCCUGGGCCUCCAUCUGUGUGGAGCCACCUUGCGGACAACUAAAUCCCGUCAAGGAAGAACUCUAUGACGUGCUUAAAGAUAUUUACUCUGAUAUGGCAGAUAUCUUCAACCCGGACAUUUUCCACAUGGGCGGAGAUGAAGUUAGCGAAAAAUGCUGGAACACCUCACAAGAAAUCCAGCAGUUCAUGAUUCAGAACCGUUGGGACCUUGACAAGAAAUCUUUCUUAAAACUUUGGAAUUACUUCCAAACUAAGGCCCAAGAUAGAGCUUAUCAGGCAUUCGGCAAGCGUCUUCCUCUUAUCUUGUGGACGAGCACUCUCACAGACUACACACACAUUGACAACUUCCUUAACAAAGAUGACUAUAUCAUACAGGUAUGGACAACAGGAGCAGACCCCCAAAUCAAAGGUCUCCUGGAGAAGGGAUACCGUCUCAUCAUGUCUAAUUAUGAUGCACUUUACUUUGACUGCGGUUAUGGUGCUUGGGUUGGAACUGGAAAUAACUGGUGUUCUCCAUACAUCGGGUGGCAGAAGGUGUACGACAACAGUCCUAAGCAGAUGGCACAGACAUACUCGGAUCAGAUUCUAGGUGGUGAAGCGGCUUUAUGGUCAGAGCAGUCUGAUUCUUCGACACUGGACAGCCGUCUUUGGCCCCGCGCAGCCGCUAUGGCCGAACGACUCUGGGCUGAACCGGAUACAAACUGGGCUAGUGCUGAGAAACGCAUGUUACAUGUCAGAGAGCGUCUAGUCCGUAUGGGAAUUCAAACUGAGUCUUUGGAGCCAGAGUGGUGCUAUCAGAACGAGGGAUACUGCUAUUAACUGUGAUAAAUUUAAUGACAUAAUAUAUAUAUAUGUAUUUUUGGCCUAGGUGCACAAAUAAAAUAUUCAUUUUGACUUAUCGAAUAUUAAAACGUCGCCUUGAAAUCGUUAUAAUACUCAUAUUACAAUUUACUGUUAGUACCACUUCUUAAAAUAAUGAAUUGUUUUGUCAAUUCAAUUGAGAUUAUAUUUAUAUAAAUAAUCAAUCUAAAUAUUAUAAUAUUUGUACGUAA